GCCAGACGUGCGCAGGGCAGAAAUGUUUUGGACACUUCUCGCCUGUGUUGGGAGGAGCAGCUCAGAUCCUUGGCUCCAAAGCCAGGCUGCUGCUGGCUCAGACUGAGACUUAAAUUCAAGUUGAUGUUUUGAUGCCACAGAGUCUCUUAAUCCUCUCUGAAGCCACACACAAGGGACAGUCACGGGAAAGGGACAUUAGCUCACAGCGAAGGACAGUAAACAAGGCGAUCCGAGCGGCACGGUACUGCGGGAGACGCUGAGCACAGAAUCAGCUGAGCAAACAGGGGAGGCCAGGCCCCCGGCGUCCGCCGUGCCGCAGCCCGCGCACUUGCAGGAGGGCUGUGCUCCCGGCUGCCCAGGAUGAGGCUGCUCUUCCCUGCCCUCUUGCUGGGCCUGCUCGCCGUGGCCCGUGCUGCUGAAGACUCCUGCGUAGGCCGCUGCGAUCAGGGCUUUGAUGCACAGCAGAAGUGCCAGUGCGAUACCCUCUGCGUAUACUACCAGAGCUGCUGCAGUGACUACUCCACCACCUGCAAAACCAAAGUGACGCGGGGAGAUGUGUUCGCCUUGCCGGAGGAUGAUUACAUCGACAACUACCCCACCGCCGAGACCGGGAUGAGAGAGGCCACCGAGGCAGCGCCCACAGAAUGGCCCACGUUCCUGCCGCCCACGCUGACAACGCAGGGGAGCGAGAGGGACCCUGAGCAGACGCCGCAGGAGGAGGAGGAGCCCGUGCAGGAGCUGCCCACCACCACGCCGGAUGGGCCCAGGGAGCCAGACCCCGACGGGGACACUGAGCAGCUGUGCAGUAGGAAGCCUUUCGACGCCUUCACUGACCUGAAGAACGGCUCCCUUUAUGCUUUCCGAGGGAAGUACUUCUACGAGCUGGAUGAGAUAAGUGUGCGGCCCGGCUACCCCAAGCUCAUCAGUGACGUUUGGGGCAUAGAGGGCCCCAUCGACGCAGCCUUCACACGCAUCAACUGUCAGGGCAAGACUUACCUCUUCAAGGGCAGCCAGUACUGGCGCUUCGAUGAUGGAGUCCUGGAUCCCGGCUACCCACGGGACAUCUCCGAGGGCUUUGAAGGCAUCCCAAACAACAUCGACGCAGCCUUCGCCCUCCCCGCGCACAGCUACCACGGCAAUGAGAGAGUCUAUUUCUUCAAGGAUAAGCGUUACUGGUCCUAUGACUUCGCCCGCCAGCCCACGCAGGCCGAGUGCGAGAAGUCCUCGCCCUCCACUGUGUUCAGGCACUAUGCGUUCCUGAACCGCGACAGCUGGGAGGACAUCUUCCAAAUCCUCUUUGGAGGCCGGAUGGUCGGGGCGAGUGGCCCGCGGUUCAUCAGCAGAGACUGGCGGGGGGUGCCCAGCCGGCUGGACGCUGCCAUGGCCGGCAGGAUCUACGUGGCGUCCCAGCAGCCCCGGAGGAGGAAGUCUCGCCGCCAGCGUAAGAGGUACAAGAGCCAUCGGAAGCUGAACGUGGAUUUCUGGGGCUGGCUGCAGAAUGACUCCGAGUCUGCGGGCAUCGAAACCGACUGGCUCUCGGGCUCCCAGUGCGACACCCUGCAGAGUGUCUACUUCUUUGUAGGAGAUAAGUACUACCGCGUCAACCUGCGCACCAAGCGUGUGGACCUGGUGCAGCCCCGCUACCCGCGCUCCAUUGCCCAGUACUGGCUGGACUGCCCACAGCUGGGGGAGGAGAGCACCUGAGACGGGCCCGGCCGGAGCCGCCCUGCUGCAUAGCCCCUAGCUAGACCCCAAUAAACUGUGAGUGCAGUGCAGGCCAGG